AUGUCAUCGGGAGAUCCACCUCGACCACCCUCAGUUGACAAGGGGAAAGGUAUUGCAAAAACAAGAAAGAGACGUAAUAAUUAUGUGCUUCGGAUUCCAGUCAGACCCAUCACCCCUACCCCGGGCUUACAUAUGCCAUCUUUAUCUUCCCCACCUCCACCCACAGGGUUACAUAACCCAACAUCUAUCCCGGCGAUUCAUAUGUCGUCCUCCUCUUCUCAACCUCCACCCAUUGGGUUGCAUACCCCUGUUGUUGCUCCCAGGCCCCCUUCUGUACCACCCUCCCAUAUACCAUCCUCAUCUUCCUCAGCUCCACACACUGGGUUACAUACCCCUUCUACAGACAUUGGAGCAUCCCCAUCACCUCAUACUGUACCAUCCCCAGCCUCCAUUGGUGGCCCAUCUUCUGGCGUUGGUCAACAGUCUACACCAUCCCCAGUUGCAGGCUAUCACAAAGACAAUCAAGCAACAAUUCUUAAUCCUUGGCCAUCAUGGGGAUCAAUACCUGAAAAAGACAAGGAAAUUUUCUGGCAACGUUUCAAGAGGAGAGUUCAGUGGGCACCAGAGCAUGAAAUUUCCAUUAAGAGAAAUUUCAACAGCAGAGCUUCCCAUCGUCUAUCUGAGCUGUUUAGAGAUGCUAGAACGGCUAGAGAAAGGCCAGAAUGGAUUCCUAAUGAUGUGUGGACAAGGCUGCUAGAACAUUGGAAUUCUCCAAGUUAUCGGAGCAAAUGUAUUGCAGUAAAAAAGAAUAGGGCUUCUGAAACAGGUGGGACCCUACACACAGGUGGAUCCAUUACCACUUACGAGUAUGCCCUUCGUAUGGCACGUGAGUUGGGACGCCAUGUGUUUCUUGAUGAAGUCUUUCAACAGACACAUAUCCGGAAGGGCACUGGCGAGUAUGUGGAUGAGAGGUCUAGGAAGACAAAUACUAGGCUUUCUCAAGUUAGAUCUGAGGUUUCCUCAUGUCCUGAUGGAACACAAGAGCAGUCCUCUGUUGAUCCUACACAGGACGAGAAUAUCAGGACUAGGUGUUGUCCAAAUGAAAGCUUGAACCAAGUACCAGCUUCUUCCUCUUCUAAUACUGAGGACCUCACUAAUAUUAGGCAGCAACUGUCACGCAGCCUAGAGGAAAAUGAGCAAUUGAGGUCUGAGUUUCGAUCCUUUCAGUCACUAGUCCUGCAAUAUCUUCCUCUUGAUGCUCAGGCUCGUCUUCAGCAGCCACAGCCACAACCAAGGCCACACUCUACUCAACCAAACUCUGAAAUCCCUCCACCCCAUUCUCAGCAACAAAAUAAUGAAGAGGACGAUAACCUAAAUGAAGAGUCUUCUCCUGAUUAUGAAGAUUAUUAG